UGUUGAUCCACAAAAAGCCUGUCUUGGCAGCUCGCUCACACAGAUGAAGCAUUCCCUCUCUUAUCAUCGUCCGACCUCUUCUUCCUCUUCUUCUUCUUGGUCUCAGUUACUCAAAACUAGGGUUAGGGUUUCACAGAUCACCCUCAUUCCAUUUCGCUUCCCACACCCACCACUUCUCUCUACACAACUACGCCACAGCCUCACUCCAAUGGACGAUCAACGAACAACAAUCAAUCGCGCCGCCAUAGUCGGUAGAGAGAAUGGAUCUCCGGCAACAUCUUCACCGAUCAACACCGUAGGUGAUCGAAUCGGAGAGGUGAAGAGGGUUACCAAAGAGACCAAUGUGUCGGUGAGAAUAAACUUGGAUGGUUCGGGUGUUGCUGAUUGCAGUACUGGGAUUCCAUUUCUUGACCAUAUGUUGGAUCAACUUGCUUCACAUGGGUUAUUUGAUGUCCAUGCAAAGGCUAUUGGUGACAUUCAUAUUGAUGAUCAUCACACAAAUGAAGAUGUUGCACUUGCCAUUGGAACGGCUUUACUCCAAGCACUUCGUGAUAGAAAAGGAAUUAACCGUUUUGGUGACUUCUCAGCUCCACUUGACGAAGCACUAAUACAUGUUUCACUGGAUUUAUCUGGACGGCCGCAUUUAAGUUAUGAUUUACGCAUACCUACUGAGAGAGUUGGAACAUAUGACACUCAGCUGGUGGAGCACUUUUUUCAGUCUUUGGUCAAUACUUCUGGCAUGACACUCCACAUCCGGCAGUUAUGGCUUGAUCGUCCUGCGGAGCACCUAAACGCCCUUGCAAUGCCAACAUAGGAGGUAGGGAUGUGCCAACCGCCAUCUGGGCCGACAAACAAAUUGCAUUUGACACACCCUUGACAUCGCCUUCUUCUGGUGUCACCAACUCACUAUGUUGGAGUGUGCAACAACUUGAAGAUCGGGCCUACUUAGCGUCUACAACGUCAUUGAACAGCAUAUCCUCGAAUUGUGCGAGUGUUUUAUCAGAACAUGUACACCAGUGAUGAGGCCUCGGGAGCCCUUCUUUCCAUUGUUGACGGGGUUGAGUUAGCAGUCACACCAGCGUCCAUUGCUGAGAUUUUCAACUACUCAGUGGACACUAUCAAUGCAGAGCAGUUCCUAGUGUUCACUUGGGAAUUCAUAAUCUCGGCACUAGUGAUUGAAUUCUAUGAGGGCCGACAAGAUGAUGAUAAUCGCACAAUAUUCGUUGGGCUAACUUGCCACGUCGCCUCCUUUUUAUUGAUGUGGUUCUCAAAAAGAAUGUAAUAAUACCUCUAGGCCACAAGGAGGAGCGGCGAGGGGACUUCUUCCGCGCCUUGCAUCGAUUCGACUUUGGGUUUUGGGUUAACAUCCUUACAUUGAUCUUCAACCAAAUGAUCCAUAUACUGAAUGAAGUCAAACUGCGCAACACUUGAGGCGGUUCUACAUGGGCCCUCCCCUUUGCUAACCUCAUUACAGCACUCAUCAAAAGCCAAGAGAAUUACCCACUCGAUCCAAAUCGAGUUCAGCUUUAGUCGCCACCGCUCUAUGCCAAAACCCAAUGGCGGCAAACCAUUGCUCGCCUGCCACCUCCACUAAUCAUCCCUGAUGCACUGGCUAACCCCAAUGAUGUUCCGACAAAGGUUGUCACUGCGCCAGCGCCACCACUAUUCCGCAUGACACUCUCGUAAUAUCAGGCCAUUUUGGAUAGUUAGGCUGCCAUUCAGCAAUCCGUGGCUGACCUCCGCACGGACUAUUAGGCAUACCGGGAUUACUCUCAGACGGCAUUCGACCAAAUUAAUGCCCAUCAGCUUGAGUAUCAGCAGUCAGUUGCAUAUAUGCAAACGGACUUCUAUGCAUAUCGGGAGUCGUGCUAGCAGCAUUUUGACUAGCUCAAUGCACGGGUUCAUGAUGAAGCAUUCGAGACUUGAAUGUUGAUGCACGCCUUAUUUGAGUAGUACUUUUCACCACCGCCAGAUUCUAAUCAAAUAAGGCGGUGAUGGAAAGUACUGCUCAAAUAAGGCGUGCAUCAACGUCUGAGUCUCGAAUGCUUCAUCAUGAACCCGCACACCAAGCUGGUCAAAACACUGUUGGCACGACUCCCGAUAUGCAUAGAAGUCAGUUUGCAUAGAUGCAAUUGACUGUUGAUACUCGAACUAACGGGCAUUAAUUUGGUCGAAUGCCGUCUGAGAGUAAUUCCAAUAUGCCUAAUAGUCCGUGCGGAGGUCAGCCACGGAUUGCUGAAUGGCAACCUAACUAUCCAAAAUGGCUUGAAAUUCCGCGCACGUGUCCUUAGGUGGGCCGCUCGAGCGUGGUGGGCCGCACGUGCAAUGAAGUCUAGUUGCACGUGUGGUGAGAUGGUACGCCAAUAAAUUUCACUGGUUGUACGGAGAAUCUGUUUUUGUGUCAUCUUUCGCUUAAAUUUGUGUGUUGCCUGCCAAAUCUAUACAAGUGUACAAAACACACCAUCUUCGCCAAACAAACAAAAUUCAAAGACUAUAAAUGUAACUCAAGCAGCCACAAUGUGGUACCUUUUGGCCUA